CAAAUAUUAGGAAUACAAAUUAUAAUUAAGCUUUAUAUAAAGUGAAAAGAUAUAUACAAUGAAUUUAUAUUAAUUUCAAAUACCAUCUAUUAACAAAUCAAUUAGAUCAUUUCACAAAUACUUAUACAAAUUUGAUUUGUUAACGUCACGUAACGUUAGGGAUAUUUUGAAUUUUCCUUCGAAGUUUUUCUCCUGGCAACGCUGCUAGUUAACGGGAAAUCUUGAUGAGUCUCAAAUAGUAUUCACAGCAUUACAUCAACGGAAAUUUACGGUUUAAAAAACUUUGGUUUGAAUAAAUUUGUUUAGCAUAGCUACAAUUUCUGCGAAAUGGAAUACACCACAGCCAAUGGCGUUAAUCAAGUAAUGGGACUAACAACAAGUUUUGCAUAUAGUUUGCCAUCGCCGGUUUCGUCAGAUUGCCUAAGUAGCGGCAAUUAUACUCCACCGGUUUCUAGCCCACCUUUACAAACAUCCAUCAAUCAGUACCAACCAGAGCCGUCUUUUACACUAAUGCAAAUGAAUGGUCGCAAAGUUCUCGGCCCACCUGAGGGUUGGCAAGGGCCCCCACCUUCAAGUGCUUGUGAGCUCUUUGUGCGUCGUAUACCGAGAGAUCUAAAUGAACAAAGUUUAAUACAACCGUUUUUACGAUUUGGACGUAUAUAUGAAAUACGCUUACCAAUGGAUUUUAACCAGGCAUACCGAGGUUACGCAUACGUCAAGUACACUACAGAAGAUGAAGCUGACUGCGCAAUGGAAGUGCUAAGUCAUUUUUAUAUUACACCUAAACGCAAAUUGGAGAUUUUGCACUCGUACGAGAAAUGCUGUCUAUUUAUCAGCAAUAUACCGAAACAUUUGGAAGAAAAGGAAAUUGAAGAAAAGUUACGAGCAGUCUUUCCAACCAUGCAACGUAUAUACUCGCGUCGUACCAGUUCAGCACCAAAAAUGUGUUAUGCAGAAACUGCCGAUAGUAAUGUGUGCUAUGAUGCGAAACAGAAAAUUUCUAACGGAUCGUUUCAAAUUAUAUUGAAUACAGCUAGCCGUAAUGAGCAGAAAAAUCGGGGCAGUGUCUUCGUACAGUUUGCCACCCACUUGGAAGCAUUAGAAGCAAAGAAAAGCACAACACCAGGAGUGAUUCGUUUGUGGGACCGUGAUUUGAAAGUUGUGUGGGCCAACACUGAACGCAGUACUGAUAUGUCGAAAUCGAAUAAAACUCUGUUUGUGCGGAAUGUGGAUCUCUGCGUCAAUAAUCGUGACAUUAUGGAUUCGCUGGUUAAAUGCGUGCCAAGACAGGAGGUUCGUAAAAUUACAAAGGUACGAACAACGGCAUUUUUAGAUUUCACAAAUCGUGAGGCGGCUGAGAAAUGCCUACAGCAAUUACAAGGCACACUUUUGUGUGGACAGCGCCUUGAUAUCGAAUGGGCUAAACCAUCAGAGCAACAAUCGCUGCAUCGCAUGUGCCGAACAGACUUUGAUGCUAUGUUGCGGCUAAAAUGCAUAGCCAAUUGCUGGCAAAUACCAAUUAUCAUUUUUGGUACUUAUUACGAACAAGAAGGACUCCAAUAUGGCGUUGUGAUGAUGCGUAAUGCUAAUGGCGUGGCGCGUGCAGUUUUUUGUGCUCUGCAAUCGCAUGAGCUUGUCGACAUUCAUUCGCGCAUGUGUGAAGUCGUCUGCGUACUCUUGGAGACCAUUGGUACUUUUCCUGAUUACAACUACGUAUUCUUUGUAGAAAAAGACAGUGCACAUCUUUUGGGGAUGGUGACACACGUUACACAAGCAGUGGGAUUUAUCGCCGCCCAUCAAGUACCGAAGUACCUAAGCUUCGAUUUAAACGAAAUCAUUGAUUUGAGCUGGGCUGUUGCAAGUUUGGCUAGCAUCGAUGAGGAUAAUUUACUCCAAGCAUAUUUUGAGAGUUUUCAAGCGUCAAUUACUGCUGCUUAUUUACCAAAUUUGUUGGUUUCGGGAUAUCGUAUGUUCGGAACCAUUAUACCAAAUUAUCGCAAUAAGCCGCCGCUAAAAUAUAAUCUAAACGAUACCCAAAUAGUACUGGCUUUAUGCUACAUAGCAACCGGUACAAAUACAGUCUUACCCAGUCGUCCAUAUAUUGCCUACCCCGUAUCGAUAUUCGACAGUGGCUAUGAAGGACUACGUUUCGUUUCACUAGCACUCUUGCCAAUUGCUCUCACACAAUCACGACAUUUGGUUCAUCAUGUACUCAAUCAUGUACAAUAUGGAAGUGUACAUCACUUGCGUCCGUCUCAAAAUUUUCAAUAUUCUCCGACUUGGAUCACGGGUUGUUCAUAUGCAAAAUCAAUAAAAAAUCCCACACAUACGCAAGCAAAGACAAUUAUGUCGCAAAUGCCGCAUACAUCUGCAGCAACAAUUUAACUAUAUUAAAAUGUUAUGCUUCUCUUAUGGGACUACCUUCAAAGCAAAGGCACUAAUUCAUUUUUUUUCAUUCGUUCGUUAUUAUCUUUAUUUAAAAUACUAUAUGUGAGAGCUUGAAGUUUAUAAAUUAUUGAAUUUGGUGUGUACUUAUUUUAAGUUAUAUUUAUUGCAUUUAGUUAUGAGUGUAUAUACAUAUGUAUGUAAAUUGUUCUUUGCUAGUGAUAUGUACUGUGCAACUUAUGAUGGUACGUUUUUAUUCAUUAUUGAUAUGACUUGUUUUAAUACUUAGACAUAGUUUUUGAUUUCAAGAGUUUUUUUAUAAUUUAAAUUUGCAGGUUUUUCUGAGCUCCGUAUUACUUUUCCGUUAUUUCAAUUUUUUCAAACAUUUUGACUGCAUUUUAAUAAACAUGCUUUAAAUAACU